AAAGUGCAGCACGCAAAAUAAUGUUUGGGGCGAUAAUUAUUAUCUGCAAGCAAGGAUAUGAAGCAAGCUAGCUUAGCUACCUAGACAGUGUUGUUGUCUAGCUACUGCUGCAUGCGUAUUUACUAACACAGGCGUGAUUUGUAAGCCUCAGUACUCACAGCAUAUUUUUAGCAUGGAUAUAGUGAAUCUGUCUCAGAAAAAGAGGCAGAAGCGGCACCGAAACCCUGAGAGGAGGCAUACAACAGAAGUUCGAUUCAACCCGGAACCGGUUGAGAACACCAGUGAUAUUGUCGUCGACUCUCGUUACUACAAGAAACAGCUCGAUGUGCCUAAACUACCACCGGAGCCCUUGUCUUCAAGUUGGAACAGCCUGUUCGAUAUAGGUGACUUCGAGUCACCACCAGACACAGAGUACCACUAUUUUGAAGGUAGUCAGGCAAAUACAUUCAAUGAUCAUGAGUUAGCAGUGAACAAAUCACGGGGAAAGUACGAUAUUGCUAAGCACCAGUAUCAGUUGUCCUAUGAGCUGGCGCUGGAUAAUGUUCUUUCUCCAUUUGCUGACAGUGGGCCUGCUGUUAAGUCUCCCCUCGUGUUUUCCAGGCGGAGGUCUCACAUGGAGCAUGUUAUCCACGAGCUUAGGUCAACAGAGAGAGUGUACAUCGAGGAUCUAUCUCAAGUUGUUGAUGAGUAUCAAGUGCCACUUGUGUCACAUGUGGGUGUGCUUCCUGUGAAGGAGUCUGACCUUGAAGAGCUGUUUGGAAAUAUCUGUGAGAUUCUUAAUUUUCAUCGUGCCUUGAUGUGUUCGCUUGAAGCUUCCGGAAAUGAUCCAAAGAAAAUAGCUCUGUGUUUCUUGUCAAACGCUGAAGGGUUCAAGAUUUACACACACUACUGCAACAACUACCCAAAGUCAGUAAAUAUUCUUACUCAACUCUCUCAAGAUGUUGGAGUUUCAUUGUUCCUAAAGAGAUGCCAGCAAAGACUGAACCACAAGCUACCUCUUGGUGCUUAUCUUCUUAAACCAGUUCAGAGGGUGCUCAAAUAUUCUCUUCUCUUAGCUGACAUGUUGAAGAAUAUCAAAAGUGAGGAGCCAGUUCAUGAUAUUCUUAAAAAUGCUAUACGGGAUAUGACUUCAGUGGCAGAGCAUAUCAAUGCUAUGAAGAAAAAAUAUGAUGCUGCUGUCCAUGUUCAAGAAUUGCAGAGUUUGAUUCGUGGAAAUGAGGGGCUGGACUUGUCGAAAUACGGAGAUCUUAUUCAAGAGGAAAACUUUCGUUACUCUGGUAGCAGGUCAACAGGAUCUACAUUUCGUGGUAGAACUGACAGAUAUGUGUUUUUGUUCGAAAGUCUCUGUUUGAUCACAAAGAAAGAGGAAGUGGGCUACCAGUAUAAGGCUCACCUAGAGGUGAAAGACUUACAGCUUACAGAAAAGGUUGAGAAAGACCUGAACAGUUUUCACAUCAGACAGGUCUCAACAGGACGAUCGUACACAUUUCAGUCACGCUCGCUCGAGCAGAAAAAUCAAUGGGUCCAUGCAAUCAAGCUUCAACUAAUGAAGAGCUUACCAGACCUCCCUGACAAGGCAAAAGAAAUGAUUUUGAAAGGAUUCCCGACAGCAGGAGCAGAAGCAGAAGAUUCUCCUAGUCCAAGAAGUAGACAUAGACAUCAUUCAGAAGAGCCAGUACUGCCAAGCAGGAUGUCAUCUAAGGUGGAGGCCAUGACUCGUUAUAAGUCAAGAACACUGGGACACGGAGUGCAAGCUGGUGCUGUCUACUCUGGCAAAAAUCAAAGGGGGCUGUCAACUACUAGUCAUAUUCAAAAAUUGAAUCAAUCAUCUGUUACAUUGGCCCAAGCCACACUCACGGGGCUGCUCUCUGCGUCAAUUUUUGAGGCGGAUGCUGAAGAUAAUUCUGAAAAGCAUCGAUUUGGUUGCCUAGAUGACGGUGACUUAGUAGAAAGCUUUGGAGGAUCACUUGAUGAUGGAUAUUCUGGAACUAGUGACAAGCAAGCUGGACUAACAUCUCAUUACGACGGCACUGCUCCAGAGCCCGAAUGUCAAAGAGCGCUAACGUCUUCAUCAAGUCUACAGCUGUCUCCUAAAUGUCAUCACAAUUUUGUCAUAGCAAAUAAACCCAGUGUUCAAGACAUUAAUUGUACUGUAGAAUUUGAAAUUGCUUGUACAAACUUUGCGUCAGAGCUGCCAGAAGUAGAAGUAGUGAUUGAACAGGACCAGCAAGUUAUUGAGGAAGAGUUUCAUGAAGCUUUGUUUGAAGAGCUUAUGAGCUCCAAUUUAGAUACGCCAUUAUUGGUGGAUGAAUUGUACGAUCCUUGUGUGGAUAGGGCACCAACAGACCUUUCAACCGUGUCUUCGUCUGAGCUACUUAAGGAAACUCAGUGUAGUCCACUUGUCACUCCCUCAACAAUACAUAAAUGGUCUGCUAAUUCUAGCAGCUACGAUCCUGAUGGUCCGCCUACACCAAAAUCAAGUCCAUUGGUUCAGAGAUGUGCAGGUAAAACAGAAAUGUUAGUUUUACACCGUCCACACUAUACUGAUGAAGGUGUGGUUCCUUUCUCUUCAUCUGUUGUACGAAGGCACAGUUUUGAUAGUAAUGCCAAAAGAGUACAUCAUAUUAAGAAGCAAGCAAGCGUUUCAAAUGACAAUACCCCUUCAUCAAGUCCUUGUUUUAAAAGAAAGAGCAAUCACCAGUUUGUUUCUCACUACUCGUCAGGAAUGCCUGAAAUGUCCAUGGUUGAACUAGUGAAUACCACUAGAGCUGACAGCCUCGAGGAUGUUGUGUCCAAUAAUGUAGAUGACGACGAAAGAAACUCGAUAAUUGUAACUCCACCUUGUGAGUUCCUACAGGAUACCAAAUUCAAAGUACCACGUAAUCUUGCCCCUCUUGGUGUGGUUGAUCCUCAAUCAAAGGAGUUAAUUUCCUAUAAUGGAACGGUAUCAAUUCAUAAGCCUGAAGAAAUGCUAACAUUUGAUGAGGUUCUACAAAGUUAUGAUCACUACUCGAGUGCUAGCGGACAAACAAACAAGUCUUCACAUCACCGUGUAACUACACCUGAUCUAAUACUCAAACGAAAGAAAAAGAGGAAUCGGAGUUUGACAGUUGCCAAUAUUGAUAAACAAACAAUGAAUCAAGUUAAGGUAGAGAUAGCUGCAAAUCGUCGUGAAAGAAAACACGAUGAAAGUAAAGUGCGAAAGUUAGCUCGUGAGUAUUCACAACGAAUGAAGGAAAAUGACCGAAGUCACUCUCGUAGACGUUUUUCACAAGCUAUAGAAGAAGCUCCGAUUGUAAACACAGAUUACGACAGAAGGGAGGAGCCUCUGUGGUUACAAAAGUUGAAAGAAAACACAAGUGAGAAAGUGUUUUCUGGGAGUGCGAGUACACUGACUACUGUAGACGUAGAAAAAGACCAAGGCUAUGAUCAUAUUACUGUUAAAAAAAGCGGACUUAGAGGAUGGGUACAAUCGCUGGUUGAUAAAUUCAGUGUAAAUAAAACAACCUAGUAAACCUUAAUUAUUUUUGUCUGUCUGUCAUAAUUAACUGUCUGUCAUAAUAAAAUUACACAAUGGUAUGGGUUAGUGUCUGUGUGUGUGCGACCGAAGCUGCGAAUCCCUUCCUAGUCUUCAACGUUGCAAUUUUGUCUGCAAUUUUGUCUGUCUGUCUGUAUUACAUGGCUGCUAUAACUAUGUUUAUUGGCUCGUUGAUACCUUUAAAGUGAUCAUUUUCUACAAGGGCCAUGCAAUAAGGCAGAAUUGCCAA